GGUCAGCGGUCUGCUGGUCAGCGGCAGACCGUUUCACUGUACGAUUGAAGUCCGCCAUGUUGGAUUGGAAAUAAAUGUACAGUCACUCAUAGUUAGCUCAUUGCUCGUCCUGUGUACGCGACUUGGUGUCAGAAGUGGGAUAUGUCGAACCCGAAGAGACCGGAGCUAAAGCAGGCCGGAAAUAUUAGCGAAAAUUCCAAAAACUUCGAGCUCCGAUUCAACGAUUACUGCAUACAAGCGAACUAUCGGGACCUGGGAAAAGGCCCCGGAACAGAACGCCUGGAACACUACAAGAGCCCCCUUCUAGAAAUAUCGGCAUUGCGAUCCUCCCUACCCGAUGAAGCUUUGUCCGUCCUUAGAUACACUAUCGAGCCACAAAUAUGAGGAAGAGAAGAAAAAAAAACAUGGAUUUGGAUGGAAAAACUACGAGCCCACUACACAGGCACCACAGGGAGCUCGCUGUUGACCGAUCGAUUCAAGUUCUGGACGUCAUGUCAGCGGAAACAUGAGUCAAUACAAGAAUGGGAAGUGAAGGUCCGUCAAGCUAGCAGCCUUUGUGGCUAUGGAAAGCUCAACGACGAACUAUCCCGAGACAAAUUUAUCUUUGGUCUCAGUGAAGAACAGAUGCGAACAGAGCUGCUGAAAACAAACAUCAAACCUGACACCUCAAAGAAAACUUUGACGGAUGUGGUUUCUGAAGCAAAAUCAAUAGAAUCUGCAAAGAAGACAAGUAAGCUCAUCGCUGACUCGUCGGCAAAAGGAAUCGAAGAGGAAGUACAUUGGACAGGCCUUAGACACAGCCAAAUGAAACUGCGACGAGAUCCAGAAACCUGCUUUGGGUGUGGCGACCGAAGAGGACCCCACCCCUGGAAGGAAUGCCCCGCCAACGGCAAGUCAUGUUCUAAGUGUGCUGGCAAUGAUCAUUUCGCCCGAGUCUGUUUAGAAGAACACAAUCCCCAAGCGUCCGGUUCGAACCAGCGACAACAACAAGCGAGAGGAAGACCUCAGGCAAGGGGAUAUAACCAGCGCAGUCGGCGGGGCUAUCCACGUGCCCGCGCCUCGCCUCGACCAAGGGAUGUCCAUUACACCGAUAUAUGUGAAGAGCAGCAAUAUGGUUCAGCUCCCAACCCCGACUAUGGCUUCGAUAUGUACGCACUGGAAGCACAAGUACACAACAUAGAUACAUACAGCCCCUCCAAAAGCCCGGGAAAGCGCUAUUUCACAACUCUGAAAGCGUACUAUGACAAGACAGCAGGAACACAGCAAAGAUCUCUUGACAUAGGCAACUAUGCCUACGCCAAACCACGACCAAAUCAACGCGGGCAACCAUGGCGCUAUGGUGAAGUCGUCGAGAAAGAUGAAACAGCAAGGUCGUACACAAUACGAACUCCGCGCGGAAUCAACAUCAGGAGGAACAGAGUCCAGUUAAGACCCGCAGCGCCACCACCAACUGACGACCGACUGCAGAUGAUGGUGAUGAGAUACCCAGCAUCGGAGCCUUAUAUCGCCAAUCCAGCCCAGUUCAGUCAGCCCACAGGGAUCACCCACAAUACACCGCAGAUACACAAAAGCCAGGUUUCGUCACACCAGGCUGAAGAGAUCAAUAAAUCAAACCCCAUGGAUGGGCUCGCGGUAGAAAUACCUCUGCCUCAAGACACCCAAGGACAACCGGAAACGCUCAACCCGGCAAGACAGACAAGAUCUGGGAGGGAAGUCAAAACUCCACAGAGACUUAAAGAUUAUCUUCUCAAGUAGCUGAUGUUUAGAACCACUCUUCAGGGACCAUCAUAGGAACACUGUAGAACGUUAUGGUUAACCGUUAAGGCGUUGUUUGUUUUAUUUUAUUAUAAUUUAAUUUUCGUUAAUAAGGGGGAGAUGUUGGUCAGCGGCAAACCGUUUCACUGUACGAUUGAAGUCAAUCAUAUUGGAUUGGGAAUAAAUGUACAGUCACUC